AUGUUAGCCAAAUCACUAUGUGCUACUAGCCUCGCCGUACUCGGCUUCUUGGUCUACAUCCUCUGUACUGUAGGCAGGAGGGGGAAGAGCUACCCACCAGGACCACCUACGCUGCCAAUUCUAGGAAAUCUCCAUCAAAUUCCCUUCAAGGGGGCGCAUUUCAAGUUUGUUGAAUGGGCAAAACAGUACGGAGGAAUCUUUUCACUUAAACUAGGCCCCGGCACGGCGAUUGUCAUCACGGAACGUCGCCUGGUGCGCGAACUUCUGGAUAAGCAAAGUGCUAUUUCCAGCUAUCGACCGCCUUCAUACGUUGGCAAUCUGAUUACGGGAGGAGACCAUGUACUCGUCAUGGAUGCUGGUCCGAAAUGGAGAACGAUGCGGAAGCAGAUCGUACAGGAGUUCACAGAGACUAUGUGCGAAAAGAAGCAUGUCAACGUGGUGAAUGCGGAAGCAGUUCAGAUGCUGCGGGACGUGGUCCUUGACCCCAAAGGCCUGAUGAGACACCCGAAACGAUUCGCAAAUAGUAUCAUUAUGAGCCUGGUUUUUGGAAUUCGUACUCCGGACGUUACAACAUCGCACAUGCAACGAAUGUUCGAACUCAUGGAGCAUUGGUCGCUCGUCAUGGAACUAGGAAGUACACCUCCAGUCGACUUUUAUCCAUUUCUAAAAUGGGUCCCGGAGCGUUUUCUUGGUAACUGGACUACUCGAGCAAAUCAGGUAAAAGAAGAGAUGCACACCCUCUACGAAGACCUCGUCGAAGACGUAAUCAAACGAAGAGACUCAGUUGGCCCGGGAGAGUCAAUGAUGGAUCGAGUUCUAAAUCAACAAGACGCAGGGAAGCUAACGCUGACUAAACAUCAGCUUUAUUUCCUCGCGGGCAUUGUUAUUGAAGGAGGUUCUGACACUACGGCGUCAGGAAUAUUAGCAUUCCUCAAAGCCAUGACAUGCUUUCCAGACCUACAAAAGAAAGCGCAAGCCGAGAUCGAUAGCGUUGUUGGAGAGGAUCGCACCCCUCUCUGGUCGGACUACGAGAGGCUUCCUUAUGUGGCCCAGAUUUUGAAAGAGUCUAUGAGGUGGCGGCCCGUUGGGGGGGUUGGUGUUCCCCACGCUCUUUCUGCAGAUGCCUACGUCGACGGCAUGUUUCUGCCAAAGGGAAGCGUGGUUUUCUUCAACAUGUGGGGAUUACACAACGACGAGAAGUACGUAUCGGAGCCAGAGCGAUUUAAUCCCGAUCGUUUCGCUGGGCGCAUACUUCUCGCGCCCGAAUACGCUGCCUCGGCUGAGUAUGAGUCUCGAGACCACUACAACUAUGGUGUUGGCAGAAGACUAUGCCCGGGUAUCCAUCUCGGUGAACGCAACUUGUGGAUUGGAAUGGCAAAGUUACUUUGGGCUUUCAAUUUCAAAGAAGACGUGGAUUCCAAUGGUAGAGCAAUCAAACUGGACAUGAAUUACGAAACAGGAUAUAGCGAAGGAUUCAUCGUCUGCACGAAGGACUUUCCGUCCAAGGUUACACCAAGGUCUCAAAAACGAGUUGAAACCAUCAUGCGAGAAUUCGACCAGGCAAAUUACGAUAUCUUCGCAAAGAAUUCAUAA